CAGAGGGAGGAUUCGUUGUAUCACUGUGCUUCCAUGAUUCUAUAGCAUCACCCUGGGUGACUGCUUCCUUUAGUCUUUCUAUGUUUCUAUCCUUAUCGGCUAGAAGGUGAUCAUAAAGGCAGCUGGGACCCUCUUGCCCUGGACUCUCUCUGGAAGGACCAAGAAGAGUGAUGAGAUUCAGGGCGAGCUGUUUGAGCCCCCCUCCUCUUUCCCAGGCGCUUGACACGAUUUGGAGGAGAUGCUUGCUGGGGGCGAGAGGCAGAGAGGAGGAUGUGUUGUCUUCUACAUGCCCUGGUCACAGCCAGAGGAGGACCGGCUGAAGGACACCCGUGAGAAGAUGCACAGCCCCAGGACAUGGCUUGCCAUCAUCACCUUGAGGUGGGCUCACACAACCAGGCACAGCACCGAGCUGACUGAGGGCUCCAAAGCCAUCAAUCCAGCACAGCCCAUGGCCCAGCAGCAGAUGCAAUAAGAGGGAAAGGAUUCACCAUGGGGGAUAACGGCAGCUGGAGUUUCAGGAACCGGAGCGACCUUAGCUUCUAUCAGUCGGCGACCAGGUCUCUAGAGAUCAGGAAUGUGUCCCUUUCACACGUCAUGUGGGGCAACCGGAGUGCAUCUGAUGGGCUCAGCUAUAGGCAUUUCACCAUCAGCGUCCAAGUUGUCAUUUUUAUCGGGUCUUUGCUGGGUAACUUUGUUGUCCUGUGGUCAACCUGCAGAACAUCUGUCUUGAAGUCGGUGACCAACAGAUUCAUGAAGAACCUGGCUUGCUCUGGGAUCUGUGCCAGCUUGGUGUGUGUGCCUUUUGACAUUAUCCUCAGCGCCAGCCCGCACUGUUGUUGGUGGAUAUACACACUGCUCUUCUGUAAAACCAUCAAGUUUUUACACAAAGUGUUCUGUUCUGUGACCGUUCUCAGCUUUGCCGCCAUAGCAUUGGAUAGGUAUUACUCGGUCUUGUACCCAUUAGAAAGAAAGAUCUCGGAUGCCAAAGCCAGAGACUUGCUGAUCUACAUCUGGGCUCAUGCUGUUGUUGCCAGCAUCCCAGUGUUUGCUGUGACGAACGUGACUGACAUUUAUGCCAUGUCCACUUGCUCCCAGUCAUGGGGUUACUCUUUGGGACACCUUGUCUAUGUUCUAGUGUACAACGUCACUACGGUGCUAGUACCCGUUGCUGUUGUUUUCCUUUUAAUGCUUCUCAUCCGAAGAGCACUGAGUGCGAGUCAAAAAAAGAAAGUGAUCAUAGCAGCUCUGAGAACACCCCAAAAUACCAUAUCAAUCCCAUAUGUUUCCCAAAAAGAGGCCGAACUUCAUGCCAUGUUACUGUCCAUGGUCCUGAUCUUCAUUCUCUGCAGUGUUCCUUACGUGACCUUGGUUAUAUACCGCACUGUGCUCAACGUUUCUCAAAUCUCAGACUUUUUAAUGCUCACUGCCAUCUGGUUGCCUAAGGUUUCCUUGGUCACCAACCCCCUACUUUUCUUGACUGUGAACAAAUCUGUACGCAAGUGUGUGGUGGGCACCAUUGUACAGCUGCACCGCAGGUAUAGCAGGAGAAACGUGGUCAGUCUUGGCUCGGUAGCAGAGGUGAACUUGGAGCCUAGUGUGCGCUCAGGUAGCCAGCUUCUCGAGAUGUUCCACAUUGGACAGCAGCAGAUCUUCAAGUCUGUUGAAGAGGAUGAUGAUAAUGAGAUCAAGUCUGAAGGUGCCAGAAACUACAAAGUGAAAGAGGCAUUACCCAGUACCAGCAACGCGGUGGAGGAAACUCUCGUACAGAGGUUCAUUCCGCAGAGCGCAGAAUCUGCGUCCCAAGUUGCACCCUUAAUGCCCGGUGAGGCAGAGGUGCUUAAUGACAAAUAUUCCAUGCAGUUUGGGUUUGGACCUUUUGAGUUACCCCCUCAGUGGCUUUCUGAUAAACGGAAUAGCAAGAAGCGCCUUUUGCCCCCACUGGGAAAUACCCCAGAGGAGUUAAUCCAGACUAAACAACCCAAGUGCAGAACUGAACGUAAAAUUAGCAGGAAUAAUAAAGUGUGCAUUUAUCCUAAAGUUGAUUCCUAGUCCAGCACAACUCUUUGUCUCCAAGAGAGAUCCUAUGGAUCUACACGCCAAGCUUGUUAAACGUGCCAAAACGUGUACAUAACAGGACGAAGAUGCACAAUCAAAGUGUUCCUUAAUAACCUGGGCAAACCUUUCAGAACUGUAAUAAAUAAACAAAACUGUUUCAUAAUUUUUUUCUGAUGCUGGGAAACUGAGACAAUUUCUAAAUAACAGAAUACGGCUGUUUUUUGGGGUUCUUUUUUUUAUUUUUUUUGCAGUUUUCAAGCUUUCUUAGCCCUGCACAAAUACAGCCAUCUCACAACAACACAUUAAUGGCUCAGGUUAAUUUAAGCUCACAUGUGAAUUUCAAAUUAUUGACACAAUCUAGCACCAGUUCUGUUUUGUUUGAUAACAACGUCUGUGCUCUUUAUAGAGAGGUCUUCUCUCUUGUUUUUAACUGUAAAUCUGCAGUACAGACCAGGUAGUGCUGCCACGAAGUGGUUGCAGAAGGUAAUGCGUUUCCGGGCCACAUUGGUUACAGUAUUUCUAAGAAAUGUUGAUGUUAGAAUAAUAUGUGUAAAAAGUUAUCUUGGUACACUAAUGGUAUAGUAACCCUGCAAAACGUGUUUUGUAAACUCAAAGUUUUCUGCCUAAGAUUAAAUUACACAGUGGUUCUUAACCCCCGCAUUGGGACCCAAAAAUAGAUUUUAGGGUUAAGAAAAAGCACAUUAUACUCAUGAUAACUAGAGGAGGACAAAUAGACCCAAAUGAUGCCCUUCUCCUUCCUUCAUGCAUUGUGUGCCUGACUGUGCCUGUAAUGAACUCAAUUCUAAAUCUUUGUAAUAUGCAUUUAAAAGAAAAUGGAGGAUUGUAUAAAAAAAAAAUGAAUUAACACAAGUUACUGUUAAUUUUUCAUGAAUAAUUCAAUUGUCUAAUUUCCAAAGAAGUAGCAGUUCCCUUAUAAGAACUUUUGUCCUAGCAUAACAACAGAACUAUUCAUUUCUAUAUCCUGCUUGUGUGGUUUUUAUAUAUUUUUAAUAUGCAUACCAUUGUUCGCUCACUUCCUACUGACUUUAAUGAUCCAGAUUAGUGAUUACGAAGUGAUUGAACUAAUGCAGUCCGAUUCUAGGUUAUAAACAAAUCACAAGUAGCAGAGUAAGGAAUAAAUUGAUCUAGAAAAGCUGGAACCACAGAUUCACUGUACCAUGGAUCCUUCUUUUUCGAUGGGUCUCAUUUAUAUCGGGUUGUUUGUGAGGUUAAAAUCUGUUAUUUUUCUGGUGUCACUUAGUUAUGACAAAACCCUCUAGGCCGCCAGAUACUUAACAUCUGUACGCCCAUUAGUCCUCUGUACUGUGAGAUUGGUUGCUCUCCGAACCGAUGCCUUAGUGCAUUUCUCUGUUAAGCGUUUCGUCAAUGUGAAUUUCAGUAGGUUCUACAAAAGAACUAGCAAUAUUUUAUUUGUGUAUUCUACUAAGCCUUUGCUGUGUGAAUCUUGCUUUUAAAACAAAGUCCGCGCUAACCCGUUUUUAAAGACAGGAUGAGCUGUAUAACUUUUCUAACUUAACUUUUUAUAUUUAAAGAGAGCAAAGAUGCUCAAACACAUCAACACUCCUUGGGAGCAGAGAGAGAGGGGUAACACUGCAUGGUGGCUGAUGUCUGAAUGCAUGUCCACUGGUUCCGAGGCACUGUGACUUUAAUAAUGCCAGUAACAUGUAUAAUCUGAUGUGCAGUAUUAAUGCAGUGAGGAAGGGGAACAGUCGAAAAACUUGGUCUAUCAUCACCUGCAUGAAAUUGAAGACAUUUUCAUUGCUAAUGAUUUAUACCCUAAACUUACUGAAUUCCUUUAUAUAAAUCUGACUUCUACCCAUGCAUUCCCUCUUAUUACAAUAUUUACAUCAAGUAUCGCCCAUGUUUUGGCCAUGCACAAAAAUAAACAAGGAUUUGAAUGCUC